AUGAUGAGUACAGGUCUACCACAACCAACAGGUUCUAAUGGACAAAUAAUAGUAACACAAAAUGAACGACAAGCAUUAAUACAAAAAUUAGCUUCUAAAUGGCCAUUACAAUUAUCGACACGAAUUGAAGAGCAAGCAUUUGAGAAAUCACGUGGCAUUAAAACUAAUUAUUUAAAAUUUGUUCAGGCUUAUUUUCAACAAAUUCAAACUGCUGUUAAUAAUCGUACCAGUCAGCAACAGCAACAGCCACAUCAACAGCAACAGCAACAGCAACAGCAACAGCAACAGCAACAGCAACAGCAACAGCCACAUCAACAUCAACAUCAACAGCCACAUCAACAGCAACAGCAACAGCAACAGCCACAUCAAUAUCAACAGCAACAACCACACCAACAACAACAACAACAACAACAACAACAGCAACAACCACAGAUAAAUAACAAUAUAAGAUUUCCACAUUCACAAACAAAUCUACUUCAACAACAAUCUAUAUCUGCUGUUAAUCAAGUCCAACAUCCAUUAAAUCAAAUGCCAAAUUUAUCGCCUCGUUUUUCUGUUGUUCAACAAACACCACGAAUGAAUAGUGUUCCAUCAGUUGUUCUUAAUCCAAUGACACGAUUACGUGAACCACAGAAAUUUAACCAAACACCUAUAAAUAAUAAUAUAACCUAUUCGCAAUCUCCGCCAUUAUCAUCGACAACAACAAUUGAUAUAUCUCCAGAUUAUUCAUCACGCCAAGUUAAUGGUACUAAUCAAACAGAUUAUUCAUCACUUCAACCACAAUUUUCUAUUCAAACAACAAUGAAUGUACCAAGACAAAGAAUGUCUAUUCCAAAUAUCAAUUUUCAACAACAACAACAACAACAGCAACAACAACAACCAACGUCAUCAAAUAAACCAAGUGAUAUUUUACAUCAAAUUUUGGUUGGACAUUCAUCAUCAAUGCCAAUGUCAUCAUUAGCUUCAUCAUCAUCACUAACAACAACAUCGACAACGAUAAAUACCAAUAAUUCAUCAACCGGUGAUCAAUCAUUACAACGAAUACUUGUAUCGAAUACAAAUGGAGGAUCGAAUAAAAUACUGAUGCAAAAUCGACAAACAACACCAACGAUUAUGUCACAACCACCUCGAUCACUUAGUACUACGAACAGUAAUCUAAAUAACAGUACAAAUACGAUUCGGCCAUCAUUGCCAGCUCAACAAUCUUUACCUUCGCCGUCAUUUAUUGUAAUACCGGCAUCAACUCCAACAUCUACUGUUCAAAUUCAACCAUCAAAUCAUGUGACCAUUCAACAAAGUCCUUUAAACAAUAAUAAUGGUCCACUUUCAAUCAAUUCACAAAUAUUGUCAGCAAGUAGUUCAACUCCAAUGAAUAUUAAUUAUUCAUCACCAACAAAUCGUACUUUACCAUUGACUGGUAGUGGUAGUAUUUCAAGUCCGGAUGAUGAAACAGCAAAUUUAAUAAAAUAUCUUAAUGAAAAUGUCAAUCGAUUACAACUUUUAUCUCAAAAGUUUACUAAUGAAGGUAAUACGGAAAAAAUUCGUCAAGUUCAAUCAGCUCAUCAACAAAUAUUGCAAUUCAUUAGUAAUCCAACAUAUGAAUCUUUACCAAAUGCUAGACGGUUUCGUGAUGUACUUGAACAAAUACCUAAUCGAUUACAACAAGCAAAUAGUUCAUCAACAUCUUCAAUUGUAACAAAUUCUACGACUACGACUACUACUACUACUACAACACAUUCUCAACCAAAUGUAUUUAAUCAAUGUAUAAAAGCAACUAAAGAAUUUCUUUCACGUGAACAAAAAGAUCGAAUAAAUAUAUUGAAACGAUAUCUUGAACCAUUAAGUGAUGUUAUUAAUGGUGUUCCACAUAAAAUGAUACGUCUUGAUGUUGAUAAUCCUUCAACAAUAAAAAUUCGUUCAUCUAAUCAAUCAUCAUUAUUAUCUAAUCUUAAUGAUGAAAUAAAUCAAUUACCAGAUGAUAUUUAUUCAAUUGAAUAUAUAUCAGUAUCAUGUACAAGAAAAUGUAUUGAUAAUGAUAAUGAAUAUUUAAGUAAAAAUGGUAUUAUACUUCAAUGUAAAUUACUUGAAAAAUCAAAUCCUCUUAUACCAUCACUUCGUUUACAUAUAACAACAUCUUAUCCAGAACAACCACCUGAAAUUUUAUCAUUAACAAAAACAAUGCCACCAAAAUUAGAAUAUGCAGAUGGACAUCCGUUUUUUGACCAAAUCUCAUCGAUAUUUGUUUCUCAUCUUUUUAAAUUAAAUGUACAACAUACAAUAACCGAUAUUCUUAACAUUUGGCGUCAAUCUGUUCAGGCAGCUUUGUGA